AAGCAAACAAGAUCCACAAUCAAGCCUGGUCCUAUCAAAGCAGUUCCCAUGUCGCUGUUGUAUGUUGACCGUUGAAUUAUUCAGCACACGAAAUCCGGCCCCUGUCUGCUAAUCCCACACAACUCUUCCACACGCUGUUAGCUGUCACAGGAGCCCCAUUGCAACUUUGCAACUCAGACUCACUCUGGUUCAAAUCAACGGCUGCAAGCAAGAACCAUGACGCAAAUGGCAGCCGUGGGCGUCUCUUCACCGCUCCUCCUCCUCCUCCUCCUCCUCCUCCUCCUCCUCCUUGCUGCCACCAGCGAGGCCACCACGUUUUACAUCACCAACGGCUGCCCCUACACCAUAUGGCCGGCGGCUCUGCCGAUCGGUGGCGGCAUGCAGCUCGACCCAGGCAAGCCCUGGACCCUCAACACGGGCGACACCAACGCCACGCGCCUGUGGGCGCGCACGGGCUGCUCCUUCGACGGCAAUGGCACCGGGACCUGCCGGACGGGCGACUGCGGCGGCCUGCUCGCCUGCAAAGCCAAUGGCCGGCCGCCCAACACCAUCGCCGAGUUUCGGCUCGGCGGCUUCAGCAGCCAGGAUUUCUUCGACAUCUCCUUUGUCGAGGGCUUCAACGUGCCCAUGGACUUCCUGCCGGUGCCGGCCAAGGGCGGGCCAGGGUGCAGCAAGGGGCCGCGCUGCGGGGCCAACAUAACGGCGCAGUGCCCGACCAGCCUGAAGGCGCCGGGGGGCUGUAACAGCCCGUGCACGGUGUUCAAGCAGGACAGGUACUGCUGCACCGGGAGCGCGGCAAGCAACUGCAGCACCACGGACUACUCCGACUUCUUUAAGAAGAUGUGCCCAGAUGCCUACAGCUAUCCCACGGAUGAUGCCACCAGCAUUUUCAGUUGCCCGGCCGGCACCAACUACAAGGUAGUCUUUUGUCCCUUGACCAAUCAAGCAACACCGCCAAGUCCUCUGCCUGCACCCCCGGCUGAGGUAACACCUAGUGGGUCAACUACCAUGAAACCAAAAUCCUCCACUGUAAGAACAGUAGUUGCAAUUUUAGCUCCUAUAGGUGGCUUCAUUUUUCUGUUCCUCCUCAUUUUCUAUUUUUGUAAACGAAGAACCCAACGACGGAGUGAGAUGCAGGAAGAGGAAGAGGAAGAGUUUGGGGAGCUACAAGGAACACCAAUGAGGUUCACGUUUCAACAGCUAAAAUCAGCAACCGAGCAAUUCGCAGACAAGCUGGGGGAAGGAGGAUUUGGGUCUGUUUUCAAGGGGCAAUUUGGUGAUGAAAGUAUUGCAGUAAAACGUUUGGAUCGAUCUGGUCAGGGCAAAAGAGAAUUUUCAGCAGAGGUUCAGACAAUUGGCAGCAUUCAUCAUAUUAACCUGGUGAGGUUGAUUGGUUUCUGUGCAGAGAAAUCGCAUAGGCUCUUGGUAUAUGAGUACAUGCCCAAAGGAUCGUUGGACAGGUGGAUCUAUUGUCGACAUGACAAGGUUGCUUCUCCUCUGGAUUGGAGCACACGGUGCAAGAUCAUAACUCACAUAGCUAAGGGCCUCUCUUAUCUUCACGAGGAGUGCACAAAACGAAUCGCUCAUUUGGAUGUCAAACCACAAAAUAUCCUCUUAGAUGACAAUUUCAAUGCUAAACUUUCUGAUUUUGGACUAUGCAAGCUCAUAGACAGGGAUAUGAGCCAAGUGGUUACCAGAAUGAGAGGCACACCUGGAUAUUUGGCUCCUGAAUGGUUGACAUCACAUAUCACGGAAAAGGCAGAUAUCUACAGCUUUGGUGUCGUGGUCAUGGAAAUUAUCAGCGGAAGAAAGAAUCUCGACACUUCCCGGUCAGAAGAGAGCAUUCAUCUCAUCACCCUAUUGGAGGAAAAGGUGAAGAGUGAUCAGUUGGUAGAUUUGAUUGACAAUAACAGCAAUGACAUGCAAGCACACACGCAAGAUGUAAUUCAGAUGAUGAUGCUUGCAAUGUGGUGCUUGCAGAUUGAUUGCAAAAAAAGGCCUAAAAUGUCUGAGGUGGUGAAAGUAUUGGAAGGUACCAUGAAAACAGACCUCAACAUAGAACAUAACUUUGUUGUAACAACUCCAGCAAAUUUUGGUAGCACAGGAAAUGUGAGCUCUUCAGCUCCACCUCUAGCCUCAGAUGUAUCAGGCCCCAGGUGAAACAGAGACAAUGACAAGGUAGCCAAUUAGAUUGUGUGUAGGAGAUUCUCUUAUGGAAAACAAAAGCCAUGGUCUGUUGUAUUUUCUCAAAUUAUUACUAUUCUUGAGUGUUGUACUGAUGUUAA